AUGAACAUGGAAGCCAAGAUCGCGGUGUGCCUCCACGACCUGAAGUCGUCCUCAGGCCAACCGGCGGCGCUGCGCGUCUCGGGAAGCGCCGUCGCCUUCACGUGUCCCGCGGCCCUAAAGGAGGCUAGCUUCCCCGCCAACGACACUAACUUCACGGUGGAGAAUGUGCUGGAGCGACCGAGUGCGGCUGCAAUCCAGAAAAAGAUGAUGUCUUCUGCUGCCUCCGACUUUAAGAACCAUCAGAACCUGGUUGUAUUCGGCUACGGCGUCCGCUCUACCCCGAAGCGUCAGCUGAUGUACGGCACCCGCUCUGAGGAGGGCUACGCGGCACGCACCAUUACAGACGCUGUAUGCGGUAGCCAGGGUAUCUUCACGCUAUCGUGCUACGUUCUUGGCCAGAACGAGCACCUUGUGGACCUAAUCAAGGCGAACAACGAGCUCGGCGUGAUUGUGGAGUCCGUAAAGUCAGGCCCGCGUGUCCGCAUGGUGGAGCGUUCCCGGGUCAAAAAUGCUUCUGAUAUACGUGAAGUCUUCUCUAAGAUUGUGAAGAACUACGAGAAGCACUUCGAGAAGGUGCUACAGGAGAAGCAACCCACCGCCGAGCUCCAGGCUCUUCCACCAUACCAGGGCGACUCAAUCAUCCUGCAGCUGUUCCGCUACGAUACGGAGGAGGCGUACACUGAGUACGAUGAAGCCAACUCGAUGACGUUUGUGGCCCUCGGCGACUCGGAGCGGCCGGUGUUGUACGGCCUCGAUUCUUCUCAGCAGAGUGUAUUUGAGAAGACGAACCGUGUAUUGGUGUCUGCGGCGGGAAUCGUGUCGAGCAUCAAGUGCAGCCGUCUGCGCAUCCCCUUUGGCAAGUCCAAGAUGAGUCAGCUGUUGCGCCGCUGCUACAAUGCCGAGAAGGGCAACAACUACAACUCUGUGAAUGGACCAACGAACACUGUCAUGCUGAUUCACUGCUGGACGGACCCCGAGUGGGCGGAGGAGAGUUAUCACAACCUCUCUAUGAUCCGGCGCAUCUGCAACACUCUGGGCUCUUCCGGUAUCGGCUCUAUUCUGCGCGACUUAGCCCUGGAGAAGUGGCGCCUUGAUCAGGACAUUUUUGAGCUGCGAGAUGAGUUGGUGGUGGCACGCACGGUGUACGAGUACAAGCCAUGCAUCUGCGAGGCCGCAAAGCCUGUCAAUGACAUCAAGGAGGAGGAGAUGAAGCGCGUCACUGCCAUUCAGUCGAAGCGCGACGAGGCGCGUGAGAAGAGGCUCUCCUCGAUCCGCAGCAGCGCCAAGGAGGAGGCGAAAAAGAUCAUUAAGCAGCAAGAGGCGAGCAGCGGCACCACCCUGGAAGCUCUCCAAAAAACGCUCAGUAUUAAGAAGCGCGAAAACGAGUCUCUGCAGGCCGAGCGUGACAUCCUGACGCGCGAGUACGAGCAGGCACUCGAUAAGAUUCGGCAGAGGAAGGAGGAAGAGGAAGAAGCUGUGAUUCGCCUCCGUGAGGAAAUGGUUCAGUUGGAGGAGGAGCUGAGUGCGCGCCAGGAGGCCAUCCUGAGCAAGCAGAAGCAGCUGGAGAUGGCAAAGCUGGACAAGGCCAAGUGCCGCGAGGCUAUCCUGCGCGAGCGCGGGAACGUGGAGGCGAUGCGCAAGGCUCUCUUGGCUGAGCGUCGCCACCAGCGUCAGCAGUGGGUCAAGCAGAUCAAAGACAUCAACGACAAGGUGAUGAAGCAGCUCAGCACCAUUGCUGCCGAACGCAAGAAGAAAGGCGAGAAAGUCACGUCGAAGGAGGAGGCGUCCGAGCGGGCCGUAAUGGAGGACAUCAAGACCAUUGAGGAGUAUCUGCCGAAGCUCAUCUCGCUCGAGGAUGUCCCUGUCAACCCGGAAGAAACGGAGUCCAUCCGCCGCCAGUUUGAUGAGGUUUUCACGCAGGAAAAGAAAACGUACCUCUCGAAGAUUGAGGAGGAAAAGGAACGCAAGGAAAAGCUGGAGAAGGGUCUCGAUGCGUACCGCAGCCGCCUGCUCGAGGUGGCGCACGCGAAGAAGAAGGAGAGCCAACAGGAUGCUAUGAGGAAAGAGCAGCAACUCAGCUCGCUGGUGGAGCAGGUGCUCACGUACCUGCGCCACGGCGUGAAGAUGACAAAGAUAUCAAGCAAGGGUGUCGCGCGCCGCCGCUUCUACUUCAUCUCCGACGAUGGAACUCGCAUGCACUCCUGCGAGCUCGACAACCAGGGUAUCCCGAUCAACCGACGUAAACCACCAGUGACGCUGUUGCUGAGCGACAUCCGCAAGGUGGUGCUCGGCGUGUACACCGAAACCUUCCUGACCUUUAGCUCGGAGAGUCAGCUCGCUAAGGCGCGUGCGGAGGCUGUCACCGACAACGGUACUUUCCGCCCUGAUGUGACGCAGGACAUCACCCCCGCUAACCUUGGCCUCCACAACUACCGCGCGUUCGCGCUUCUGCUGCGUGGUGGCAAGUCACUCGAGGUGGUUUGCGAAUCGGACACGGACUGUGAGGCGUGGAUGGUGGGCCUGCGGCGCCUGCUGUCCAUCAAGACGGCGACGGAGAAGAUACUGGAACAUCAUGUCGAACCUGGUCGCAUACAAGAAGGCGCUGCGGUGGAAAAGCCGGCAGAGAUGAAAUUUGGCGGCCUUCUUGACGUGCGCAACAUGCGCGGCUUUGUCUCGCUCUCCCCUGAGGAGGCCACUUUGUGCAGUGAAAGCCACAUUCCACCGGCACUCUUCCUGCGCGUAAAACAGGAGGUGACGGAGAAGUCGCACACCUGCUUCAUCACCGUCUACGACGUGCGCGUUUCUUCUGGGCUUGACCUGGUUCGCUCCACUUACAUCUAUGACUAUCUGGUGCAGUACCACAUCAUCCAACUUCCGCACUAG